AUUAGAUCUCGGCUUCUACCAUCUUUCCUGGUCAUACGUGGAACUUCAAAUCCAUCUUCCGAACCUCAAUUACAUCGACCCUUGCCCUUUCUUUCUGGCUUGUCUCCGAGUCCUGGGAUCCCGGCUCUUAGCAUAUUUGGUAUUGGUAUCUCGGAACUCAACCCCAGCCAGGUCCUUGCUUUUACUCACCCAAAUGGGAAACUUCAAGCGAAAGCCCAGAUCCUGAAGUUUAGAGCAGGAAAACUCGAAAGCCUUCUUCCGAACUCGAAAUCCACUCUUGACUGGUCAAUUUCGAAUCGCUUUUCGAUCUCCUAUUUGACCCGAUCUUCUGAGUUGGGCGAAGAAGUGGAAGAGUUGGUUAGCUUCUCCUACUGUCGAAAGAUUCAUAUCUUAGUCGCCCAAUUGGGAAACCCUCUGUCUGAGGAUGGUUUCAAGGGAGCUCACUCGAGGCAAGUGGAAUUUCUCCCUCUCAUAUAUGGCUUUCCUUCUUCGGAUCGAGGACUGGGAGCUGGGCAAUCCAAUGAGUUAGGCUGGGGAUCUGGUUGUCAGACCCAUAGAAAGAAUUUCCCAACCCCGGAUAUCGAUCCCUCGAUGGCAUAUAUGAAAACCAGUAGUUUUUUGGUCCUUGCUUUUGAUCGCUCGUCGAUCCGAAGUCAGUGUCUUGGUUGUCGAUUUACUAGAUGCCAAUCUGUAUCCGCCGCUGGGUACCUCUUUCUUCCUUGGCAAAGGACUGUAAAUCCCUUUCCCAAAGUGGUUUGUUUCCGACGCCCGAGGUACGAGCCUUGCGCUCUAGCUUUCAGUUCUUGUCCUAGAAUUCGAGGAGUACUGGACUUGAAAGUGCUCAAGCGAGCUGCCCAGGCUUACUCUGAUCUGCCCUUUCUCGGUCACUCGAGUAAUAAAUUACCUCUUCUCUAUUCGCGAGUGAUAGCUAGGGAGAGUCCUGUGCCCAGUCAGUCUUCUUCGUUAGAUCUGUUUCGAUUGGUCAAAGCGGUAAGGGCAGGAGUUCACCCAUUUUCUCAAGAUCCUGACGCAUAA